CACUAAGCUUACAAGGAUUUUGUGAGACUCUCUAGGAGGGAAAACAAAGACAUGCAUAAUUGCUACUAUUUCUCCUUCUGCUUAUUGUAUGGAUGAAACACUAAGUACACUAGACUAUGCUAGACGUGCAAAAAGCAUAAAGAAUAAGCCUGAGGCAAACCAAAAGGUUUCAAAGGCCAUUUUGCUGAAGGACUUGUGCAUAGAAAUUGAGAGGAUGAAAGAAGGUACAUUCAUCACCAAUUUGUGUUGGAGUUGCUUGGAAUAUUGCCAAUGUGCAUUCUGGUUCAUCAGUGGCUGUUUUGGUAUUGGAGUUGUUGGGUUGUAUGUUUUUCUUCUUCUUCCAACAUCUUUUGUUUCACUGUAA